GGCGGAGGCGCCGCGUAGGCCCGGGAGGCCGGGCCGGCCCGGCAGGGAGCUCGAGUCCCAUGCGCCGCCACAUCCCCCCACGAUGUUCCCCUCCCGGAGGAAAGCGGCGCAGCUGCCCUGGGAGGACGGCAGGUCCAGGCUGCUUCCUGGCAGCCUCCCCCGGAAAUGCUCCGUCUUCCACCUCUUCGUUGCCUGUCUCUUACUGGGCUUCCUCUCCCUGCUCUGGCUGCAGCUGAGCUGCUCUGGCGACGUGGCUCAGGCGGCCCGGGGACAAGGCCAGGAGACCCCGGGCCCGCCCCGGGCCUGCCCCCCAGAGCCACCUCCCGAGCACUGGGAAGAAGAUGCGUCCUGGGGCCCCCACCGCCUGGCAGUGCUGGUGCCCUUCCGUGAACGCUUCGAGGAGCUGCUGGUCUUUGUGCCCCACAUGCACCGCUUCCUGAGCCGGAAGAAGAUCCCGCACCACAUCUAUGUGCUCAACCAGGUGGACCACUUCAGGUUCAACCGGGCGGCGCUCAUCAACGUGGGCUUCCUGGAGAGCAGCAACAGCACGGACUAUAUCGCCAUGCACGACGUGGACCUGCUCCCCCUCAACGAGGAGCUGGACUACGGCUUCCCCGAGGCCGGGCCCUUCCACGUGGCCUCCCCGGAGCUGCACCCGCUCUACCACUACAAGACCUAUGUGGGCGGCAUCCUGCUGCUCUCCAAGCAGCACUACCAGCUGUGCAAUGGGAUGUCCAACCGCUUCUGGGGCUGGGGCCGCGAAGAUGACGAGUUCUACCGGCGCAUCAAAGGGGCCGGGCUGCAGCUUUUCCGCCCCUCGGGAAUCACAACUGGGUACAAGACAUUUCGCCACCUGCAUGACCCAGCCUGGCGGAAGAGGGACCAGAAGCGCAUCGCAGCUCAAAAACAGGAGCAAUUCAAGGUGGACCGGGAGGGAGGCCUGAGUACCGUGAAGUACCGUGUGGACUCCCGAACAGCGCUGUCUGUGGGCGGGGCCCCGUGCACUGUUCUCAACAUCCUGUUGGACUGUGACAAGGCUGCCACCCCCUGGUGCACGUUUGGCUGAGCCGGCUGCACAGUAAGGAAGCCUGUGCCCACAGGCCACACUGCUCGCUCAGGCUCUGGAGAAAGCCGCAGGCCACAGGCCCAACUCCCGAAGGAUGCAGAUGCGGGGUGGCCUGACGCGGCAGGUCAGAAGCCGCACAUUUGCAGCAGCCCCGCCCCCGGAGGUGGGCUGGACCCUGGACAGGACACACAGGGGUGCCUGGGACGCUGCUAGCAACAAGCGUUGAUGGAGAGAGGCUGCGUGUGGCUCUCCCCUGGGACUCUCCGCCCUCGCCUUCCUGCUCGCCCUGCUCUCCCCUUCUUAGCUGCCCAGACCUGAGGGCUUGUCGUCCCUUCCCCCGGACGGCCUCAUGCCCAGGCCACUGACGUGGGUGGCCAGGACGAUGCACAGGGCUAAACUGCAGGCUCCUGUGCAACCCACACAGGAAGGGAACGGCUGAGACCAGCUCUUGCUGCCUGUCACCACACAGGAGUGCGGGCCUGGGGUUGGCCAGCUCUUCUGAGUUCUCAAAAAGAAACUUGAAUUCUGGAUUCUUAAGUGAAA